AUGUCGGCUCAAAACUCCGACUCAAGCUCCGGCGGAGCUCCCCCAGGCACAGUGAACUUGGCCACCCUUUCUUUGCCCCAACUCCGCGCCCUCCAAACCCGCCUCACCUCCGAAUUGGAGCACCUGACAACCUCUCACGCAAAGCUGCGCGCCGCACAAGCCAAGUUCCGUGAUUGUGUGCGCUCGAUCAAUGAUGGUGUGACUGGCUCCGAGGCCAAGGGAACUACCGGUUGCGAUGAGAUCCUGGUCCCGCUUACCAGCUCAUUGUAUGUUAAGGGUCGAUUGGCGGAUCGGGAAAAGGUGCUUGUUGACGUUGGAACUGGAUUCUACGUUGAAAAGACACCCAAGAAAGCGAUUGCUUUUUACGAUGACAAGGUGAAGGGAUUAGAUGCGAAUCUGGUUGAGUUGGAGAAGAUUGUUCAGGGCAAAAACUCUCAGUUGCGUGUUGUGGAAGAAGUGCUUAGACAGAAGAUGCUUAGCGGCGAGGCAGACGCUGGUGCGAGUGCCUAA